UCCGAAUCGCCGGGCGAUCAAGCGAAAGGGAGAAGUCCCAGUUCUACAUAUUAGUCAAAAGACUGCCCGCCUCAUCGGUUACUGCUGAUCUCUCUCACUCCAUCUCCGAGGCCUUCCAACCCAUCCGCCAUGCAGAUUUCACUCGCUAUUCUCGCUGGCCUUCUCGGCGCCUCCUCGCUGGUCGCUGCUGCGCCUGCCGAGCAGUCCGUCAACGAUGUGAUGCUCGACCUCAACAGCGAGGCGAUUUCGGCACUGAAGAAGUCUGAGGAGAGCAAUACCAAAAGAUCGACUUGCAACAAGUGCACAGUGUCCAAGGCUGCCGUGCGUCGCGACUGGAAGACACUCUCUGAUGGUGAAAAGAAAGACUACAUCAGCGCUGUCCUGUGUCUCCGUGAAAAGCCCUCCAAGGCUGACCCUGCCUUUGCACCUGGCGCUCGCACUCGAUAUGACGACUUUGUUGCCGUUCAUAUCAACCAGACGCUGAGCAUCCACGGAACUGGCAAUUUCCUCACAUGGCACCGUUACUUCACAUGGGCCUACGAGAAGGCACUCCAAGACGAGUGCGGCUAUGAAGGCACUCAGCCAUACUGGAACUGGUUCGAGACUGGCGACUUUGCCACAAACCCCAUCUUCGAUGGCUCCGAGACCAGCAUGGGCGGAGACGGCGAAUUCGUCGAGCACGACGGUGCCCUCUCCGGUCUCGACAACAUCUACAUCCCCAGCGGCAAGGGUGGCGGCUGCAUCGCAUCCGGCCCCUUUGUCGGUGCCGUCGCCAACCUCGGCCCACCGUCCCCCGGCAUGGCGGGCAUGGAGGCGACCACCACACCCCUCGAGUACAACCCUCGCUGCCUCCGUCGCGACUUAAGCCCCUACGCCAUUGACACGUGGAUGACCCUGCCCAAUCUCUACAACAUCACCAUGGGCGACGCCUCGGGCAGCAUCAAGGCCUUCCAGGACGAGUUCCAAGGCCGCUUCGCCGAUGAAUUCCUCGGUAUCCACGCCGCUGGGCACUUUGCCAUGGGUGGUGACUCGUCUGACCUCUUCUCCUCGCCCAACGAGCCCGUCUUCUUCCUCCAUCAUGCCAUGGUUGACCGCGUCUACUGGAUCUGGCAGGCUCUGCACCCGCGCCAGGCCAAGGAUAUUGCGGGGACUAUUACCAUUCUCAAUAGGCCGCCGAGCCGAGACGCUGUCAAGUCGGAUCCCCUGAAUAUGGGUGUCAAUGCUGAUCUGCUCACCAUUGGGGAGGCACUGGAUACUCUCGGCAGGACACCAUUUUGCUAUGUUUAUGAGUAAGGGGCGAAUAUAGACUGUUAAGUAUCGUCGUAUUUGGACUUUGAGGGACCUUAAUGCAGCCUCC